GUGUUAAGAGAUUCGGAAGAGACUCGGAAAACUUUAUCGAGAAACGUGAAAAUGGCUGCGUCGGCUAAAAAACGUGAUGUAGAAAAUAAGGCGAAGGAAAAUGAAGAUAUUACGAGCAGUGAUGUGAGCAGUGACGAAGAAAAUGUCGACAAUAAUGAUGAAAAGGGCAACCAGAUUAUGGUGGACUUUGUAGGACGUACGCCGGACGACUCAGAUUAUCAUGGGAUUAAGAUUCUGUUGCAGCAAUUGUUUUUAAAGGCUCAUGUAAAUGUUGGUGCGCUGGCAGAUUAUAUUAUUUCCCAUAACUACGUUGGCUCGGUUGUGAAACAGGAGACUAAUGAUGAUGAUGAUGAUGAGGACGAUGAGGAUGAUACUAGUGAUGUCGGUGACGUUUUUGGGGUCACCAGUGUCAUUAAUAUCUCCCACAGCCAAGUAAGCCCUAACGAAGAAUGUAUCCAGCAACUGCGCACUCUUUUAAAAGAACUCUCCAGCGAGUAUGCAACAGACUCAGUCAACGGAAUGAUCAACAACAUCCUGGAGAAUGAUUCAUCCGCACUAGGUCUGAUCAUAAACGAAAGAUUCGUCAACAUCCCAGCAGACAUAUCAGUUCCUCUUUUAGAGAACCUGAUGUCCGAUAUGAAGCGCGCAACUGCCAAGAAGAUGGCCUACGACUUUAAGUACUACGUGAUAAUCUCAAAAUUGUCAAAACCAAAAACUGUAACUGUUAAGAAGAGCAAGAAGAAGAAUUCCGAAGAACCGGAAGAUUUGUGGAGCAAUCAAGAGGAAGAAGUAUUUGAUGAAGAAGCGAUGUGUAAAUUCGAGUUCUCCGUUGAUAAAGAAACAGACACUGGAUUAUCCGGGACCUGGAACGAAGAUGACGACGAGCUGAUUCCUUACAGGCGUGUAAUGAUAUUCGAGGCUGAAAAAUUACCAGGAAUUAUUGAAAAAAUUAAAAAAUUUAUUGCUCAUUAAUUCGUACAGAUUAAGAUAUCGCUUACACAUCAGCUUCUUUUUAUAUAUUUAUAUAAAUAUAUCAAUUACUUUGUUCAUUUAUACUUUCAAUGUACAUAUUUAUAAGUUCAACGCUGGUGUAAUUAUGUUAUUUAUUUAAUUUUUUAUUACGCGGCUUUAUCGAGCGUACUGACGACCAACUCCGAGGAGUUUAUAGACUGUCUCACUGGCUUCGCUCGUCGUCUCAUUGUACCAAGGAUGUUCAGCAUCUCAGAAACUGCCGCCGGAGCACUUUCCAUCUCUCGCUUACGCUUUCUCUCUUCCUCGCGUUGCUUCUAUCAUGUAAAAUUUAAAAAAAAAAAAAAAAAAAUUUU